AUGUCUCAGCAAACAGCAACCAUGGCCCAGGAAGUUGAAGAAGCCCAGCGGGGUCGCCAACUUAUCCGCGAGCCUGCAGGUUGCUCUCCAAGACAAAAGAAGUCGGCCUCAGAGGAAUCCAGAACUCUGCGCGGGCGAGGCCGCCGCCGCUCAACCUCCCCCUUUAUCUCCAUUUCCUCCUCGAAUUCUCAAGGCCACUCGCCCGCAAGCAAAUCUCGAAGUGGAAGCUCUCCGCCAUCUCGAACUCUCGCAAAGUCUCAAGAGAACCAGAAACCUUCAGCAACUAAGGAUAGCGGCAAGAUCGACACAAGCAAGAACAGUCCGGGCCUCGGAUGGCCAGCGAAGAACAUCAGAAGUCAGGCUCCAAGUCGAAGCGGCAGUGUUGGUGCGCCACCAGGCUCCACAACUACACGAAGAAGACGCCAGAGGACUAGGAGCCGGAGCCGGGUUCAUGAGGGUGUGAAGGAGAAGAUGGGGGCUUAA